AGUGCAUGAAGAAGCAGUGAGGAGGAAGAAGCAGAAACAUUGCAGCUUUACUUCUCAUUUUUAUUCCACUUAUUCAUUCUUUACACGUAUUCUUAUUUAGUCACUUUGGCCAAAUAAACUUUGACAUCAUGCAUAUGCGAAUUUUUACUCUUUUAAUGCUUUUCAUCGCCAUUACUCAAAUAUUUUGUCAAGACAACCUGAACGAAGACGAGGACGUGUGGACAAACAUCAACCAUAUUCAGCAUGGCUGGUCCUCCAGAGACCCCUUCAGGGAGAUCCUUCUGAGGAUGACAAGAAAGCCGCGACCGCAUCAGUUUGUUGGCCUGAUGGGCAAACGCUCCAUGGUGGCUGCACAGAUUCCCCACAAAAGGCAUAAAGUCAACUCUUUUGUGGGGCUGAUGGGGAAAAGAAGCCAAGAGGAUGCAGGUUCCUACGAGUGGAGCGCAGAACAAACGUACGACGCUCGCCGCUAAAGUCGUCACCUUGGCAUUCCUCACCUGUGAAAAGUGUUGGUUUUUUUUGCUGUUUGUCCAAUAAAAUCUUGUGUUUACACCUUGGACUCGUCAAAG